AUGACAUGGGGUAUUGAUGCUUUUUGCGGCGUUCUCGUUGAGUUUGGCAGCUGUGUUCCGCAAGCCGAGAAAUGGCGGCUUCUCGUUGCCCUUCGUGUUCAGCAGCCGCAGCAGCGCCGUGCCCUUGCCGCCGCGAUCUCGGACAUUCAGGCCGCAAUGGCUCGUGCUGCCGGCGAUUCUGAUUCCGACGCGGAGUUUGUCGAUGCUCCCGCCGCUGCCGAUGCUCUGAGAGAGAAUGAUCGGAUCUCAGAGCAUCUGACUGAGUAG